AUGGACGAAGCCAAUGUUGAAGAUGGUCGACGCAAACCAUCUAUACAUGCUAAUGAUUGGAAUGAAUCUUUAUGUGGCUGUUUCAGUGAUUUAAAGAUAUGUUGCUGUGGCUGUUGGUGCCUGCCACGUUUAUUUGGUGAAAAUGCUGAAAAAAUUGAUGGCAGUAGUUGUGUAGGAAUGUGCUUGGCAUAUUGGUUACUUGCUCAUUGUGAUCUAUGCUGGGUACCACAUCUAAUGAAAAGAAAGAAACUACGAGAGAAAUUUCAUUUCAAAGAAGAUACUGCUAUGGAUUGUCUCGUGGCCGCAUUCUGUGCUCCAUGUGCAGUUUGUCAAGAGGCUCGCGAAUUGAAAUUAAGAGCUGGACCUCUCGGCAAUGCCAAUGUCGCGCCUAUUCGUCGUCAACCAAUAGUGGCUUAUCGAAAAUGA